AUGCAUCUUCCCAAAGCAAAUGGACCAUUUGAUGUGGGCGUUGUAGACAUAGAAGUCCCCGUUCGUGAGCCACGAGACUUUAUUCCAAGCUACUUGAAUCAUGUGAAAGUAAACAAGUUGGCCAAGGAUGGCCACAAAUUAAGUUCACGCGAGGCAGAGCGAGUUUAUGCGAACUUUGAGAAACUCAUGAAAGAUGAGCCAGUAGAUGCUAAUCGUUUGAAUGAUGCUGAAGAGAAGUACCUCAAAGAUCACGGAUAUUUCUUGAGGCAUGCAACACUACAGCUUCGCACUGUGCUCUUUUCUCUAUAUUAUCCAAGUGCAAAGAUGCAACAUCGUGACGCUAAAAAAUAUCCUCAUGCUCGUUGGCUAGGAUAUCCAUUGAAGAAAAUGGUUCAUGUGGCAUGGGACUAUAUCGGCGAGUACGGUUCUUUGGCACAGAUAUUUGUGCCAGCCCUUGUUACGUUGGCAACCUCAUACCUUCAAGCGAGAGUAGCUGCGCCAAUCACUGAACCAGCUAAUGUUUCAAGUGAUUUUGGCAUGAAAAGUGAUGCAGAGUCCGCUAAGGCUGUAGCAAUGACGCAUUUCCCUGUCGUGGUCUUCUGCCACGGUCUCGCAGGUAACCGCCUUGCUUACUCGCAGUUCUGUUCAGAACUUGCUUCUCACGGCUUUGUUGUGGCUGCUAUCGAGCACCGUGAUGGAUCAGGUAUGGGUUCAUUUGUGUGGACUGGCGUCCAUGAACACUUUUCAUCACAGAGUAAGAUGAAUCGGCACUGCCGACGUAAUUUCAAGAUGGGUGCCACAGAAUCUGUUUUGAAUGAUGACUUGGACGCUGAAAGCACGAAUCAAGCCACUUCUAGUCUUUUCCAUGACUUUACAAAAGUGCCGUACCUGCCGUUUGAAGAAGUCGGUCUUCGUGCAUUCUCUGAACCUCAAGGACCUAAAGAACAAGGUCUUCGUCAAGCGCAAUUAGCGAUGCGAGCAUGUGAGAUUCAAGAAGCGAUGUAUGUUCUUCGUCGCAUUAAUCAAGGUGACACCGAUUGGCUUGAAUCUUGUUGUACACGUAGCUUCGGCUCUUCUUUGUGCGGUCCAAAACACUUUCGCAAGAUGCGCGAGAAAAAUCUGGUGCCGAAAUGCAGUGACUUUUUUCUGCUUUGGAAAGGCAAGCUGGACGUGGAUUUCCCUUCAUUGAUUGGCCACAGCUUCGGUGGCGCUACUUUGUUCGAGUUCCUGCGACUGGAUCAAAAUCUAUUCAAGUACGGCAUCAUUCUGGACCCAUGGAUGGAUCCAGUGCGUGAUCCACUAAACGAUGAGGAUGUACGACUGAAACUUCGCAAACCUGUUUAUGUGAUGAACUCAGAGGGCUUUAGCAUGUGGCCUGAGCAGUACACUAAGUUGCAGCGCUGCACAAUCGAUGGCAUCGCGGCAAACAAAGAUCACCGUGGCUGGCUCAUGACGCUUGCAGGCACAAACCAUGGUGACUUUAGUGAUAUGCCAUUUUUGCUUCCUCGUGUGUUCGGGUCUGCGGUCUCUGCACCCGACGCCGUCCGUACGUUUGCAGUCUUAUCGAUGGCACAAAUCAAGCUGAUCCGUCAUCAGCGAUAUGCAGCGCUACAAAACCAAGAGGUGGAUGAUGAUGGACCUGGGCGCGACAACAUGCUUAUUCAAUCUAGUGGCUUGCGCUUAAUCUCCGAUUCAGACGUGCCAGUAGGUGACGAUGUGCUAAAAAGCUUAUAUCAAAAUCACGUCAUGUCAAAGCGACUACGCAGACGACCGCGGCGUGGUAUGUUUUGGGAGCUGCGUGGCUGGAAGAAUCAUGCCGAGCGUAAUCCACGAUCCCGUGCUGGGAGAAAAUAUCUGCGCCAUCAAGCCAAGGAGCAUGCUUCUUCGAGCUCCGAUAUGCGUCGAAUGAGUCUUUCCUCGUCUGUACCUGAAACGUGUGCAACGAAUGAAGAGACGGAGCUUCUUUCACAAGAUCAGGACCAAGAGGACCGUCACAAAUUCUUACCAUCGUUUAUUGAUCCGUGCAAAGAUGGUCCCGAGGCCUGGUAUGGUCAUACUGUCGACACCGACGCGUACAAAGCAUUUAAUACUUGGAAAGAAUCUGGAAUGAUCCGUCGAGUCAUUCAUCGCCCUUUCUCGCUUUUCACAGUGGUUUUGUGGUUCUGGGGUAUUCGUGAGGGUCUUGCUCCCGCUGGACAUUUGCUAGUACACGAUUUGUAG